AUGCAGUUCUAUUCGGCAGUUCUUGUUGUGAUCGGUAUUGUUGGGGUGUUUGCAAUGGAAAGUGGCGUACAUCAACUGCCAAUUCAGAUGAUCGGUGAUCUUGAGCAGGAUCUACGACCGUUAGUGGUUGAUUCAAACCAGCUGUCUACGGAUGGCUAUAACGUCUACCACGGCCAGUUCCCAUACCAUGCUCGGUUGUAUAUUAACCGUGAGGGUAUAUCUGGUACUCUGCUGACUGGCGGGUCUCUCAUCACACCGAAUUACAUCCUAACGCUAGCAACGGCCAGAAAUAUAAACACUCAUGGAUAUGCAAUUUUGGGUAUCGGCGAUGGGAGCAGCACAGAAACGCAGCAGAAAAUUAAUUUCACCCAAGGUGGUUUGCAGCUACAUCCCAUCCACGACAUCGCUACAGUUCGUCUAGAUCAUCCAGUUACCUUCUCCAAGUUUGUGCAGCCUAUUCGUUUGCCCAGCCUAUCCGACUCCCGCACGUAUGAGAUGAUGGAAGGCACCAACGUUGGAAGUACUUCCGGACCACUGUUAUAUUUGCGUAAUCAGAUAUUGUCGAACGAUGAUUGUCAGAAGGAACAUCCUUAUCGAUUCAUAUAUUCUUAUCAUAUCUGCACGAAUGCAUACGUAGGAGGAGCGUUCAGUACUAGAACAUACGGUUCUGGGUUGAUCGUCAAGGAUGAGAAUGGGUUAAUUCUGGUUGGAGUUACGUCUUCAAUUUAUGGAUGUGACAUGAACUAUCCUACGGUUUAUGAACGUGUAUCUGAGCAUCGUGACUGGAUCAGUAUGUACUCGGACUAUGUGUUUGAUUUUUAA